UUGCUUUCAUCCUGUUAUUGUCGAGUGAGAAUCUUAAAUAAGUCAUGAAACAUACUUAGUGUUAUAGUUACAUACCUUUCAUCUAGGAUUCUAGUCAUGUCCUUUUCUUUCCUCUGGAUAUCGACUUUCAAGUUUGAUACUUGUUUUCUCAGUUAUUCGUUCUCUAUUUUUUCUUGAACAGAGCUGUUUUGUAAUUCACUGUACUGCAGGCUUAGACCUUCUACUUCUCUAUUCAGAUUAUGUAGCCUGCGCUGCCUUCUUGUCUUCGUCUUUAGCUAAAGCAAAGUUUUCUCAAACUCAUCUCUUUCUUUCUUCCCACUCUAGUAUUAUCUUCUCUGUUUCCGUAGCUGCUGCUUUUGAUUCGUCUCUCAUCUUGGUGAGCUUCGGAAACCUCACCUUCAAGCAUCUGUUCUGGACUUUCAUCGACAAAUCUUUGUGCUUCUCUUCCACGUUUUUUGUCUCUCUCUGUUACGUAAUCUAACUCUCUGCUUUCUCUUGCAUUUCCUCUAGAUUUUUGUUCUGCAGACGAAGGUCGUUUGCUUCAGCCAAUUUCUUUGUUGUCAGGUUCUCAUGCUCGUGAUCGAUCCUCGAUCUCUUUCUUUAAACUCCUUAACCUGACUCUCCAGUUCAUUGACCGUAAUCAAACAUUCAGACUACUCUAGUGAUUAAUUGUUGCUUCAGUCUAGAUUCCAAUGUAUCUACUUGAGAUUCACCACCUGCUGUUGAGCUUUCUUGCUGCUUAAGGACUCGUAAGAGUCUCCUGUUCUUCGUUCUUUCUCCUGUAGGAUUCAUUCUAACUCCCAAUCCAAAUCUUAUCUUUGAUCUGUUGCUUUAGCGUAUCUAUAUAUCCAUUGUGUCCAGAAACCAUUUCCAUAUCAUAAUUUUUCUGCCUCACACAUCUUAGCAUGUCUCCCAGGCCCUCCUAGUCCCUAAAGGACCGGCAAUUGAAACUUUACUAUAGAUCGAUGCAUACUAGACUAGAUUUCAUCUGUGCUUCAGUUAUUACUCAACCGGAAAUCCAGAAGAAAAUUAAAAUCCAAAUCAAAUUUGAAUUAAUCAUUUCAAUUCUAAAGAAGAAAACUAUUAUUCUUUCCCCUCCCUUAAAGUUGUGUUUAUGAACAGAAAAUACCCCCCUCAAAUCUUUACUUUCUUUUAUUUUCAGUUUGUCCCCAAAGUCUCCAUUCGUUAACUUCCGACCACCACCCUCUGUUUCUUUUCUUCUGCAUACGCAAAUGGAAUAUCUUCAUCUACAAUGCUUCUCCGUCUCUCUCUCUGUCGUUGUUUAUAUGUGAAAGUUACAUGUGAUGAUCUAUUUUGUGAAUAGAUCAAGAAACAAUAAUGGUGAAGCUAACUAUAGUUGGUAGGGUUGAAGAUGGAUUACCUCUAGCACAAGAUCAAACCUAUGUAAACCAACAAGACAACGCUAGUUUCUUGUUCUACAAACAGCAAGCCGAACUACUCCUAAAACAAAUAUCCAAGGACCCAUUGCUACAUCCAAAGAUGAGCAUCUUGCUUGAUCAUCAUUCUUUCCACUUCCUGGUGGAGAAGAAUAUAUGUUACAUCGCGCUAUCUGAUUCUUCCUACCCAAGAAAGCUGCUGUUUCAUUACCUGCAGGAUCUUCGGAAGGAACUUGAUAAUUUUGGCGAGACAGCACUGAUCCAAACAACCUCAAAACCCUAUAGCUUCGUGAGGUUUAGUAAGAUCAUAGGGAGAAUAAGGAAGCAAUAUAUGGAUACGAGAACACAGGCUAACCUAUCGAAGUUGAAUGCUUCUCGGAAACAAGAACUUGAUGUAGUUACUGAGCAUUUGAAUGAUUUUAUGCAAAGACGACAACUCUCAGAAACAUCAGAAAUAUCGUCUUUGGAUCCUCGAAUGUCUGUUUCAACCAUUUGGUGCUCACGAUAUCUUCAGGAUAUUGCGUUAAAAUGGACACCCGUGACGAUCAUUAUUCUCGUUAUUCUUGUUAUUUUCAAAUCAAGCUUUGAUUAUGACAGAUGAUUAUUUAAUUUCAAAUACGAUAUGAUCAAGUUA